CAGUAGGCUAUCCGGAAUAAUCCCUUCCCAUUUCCCUUCUUCCCCUUGGGCAUUAAACCCUAAUUUGUGCUUCGAGCUCACGCAGGGAAAACAGAAAGCCUCCGUAUCCGUACCAUUCUGCAAUGGCUACUAUACCAGUUAAUCCCAAGCCUUUCCUGAACAAUUUGACUGGGAAACCUGUUAUUGUGAAACUAAAGUGGGGAAUGGAGUACAAGGGUUAUCUUGUUUCGGUUGAUUCCUAUAUGAACUUGCAGCUGGCCAACACUGAGGAGUACAUUGAGGGACAAUUUACUGGAAAUUUAGGAGAAAUUUUAAUCAGAUGUAACAAUGUUCUCUACCUACGUGGAGUACCAGAGGAUGAAGAAAUCGAAGAUGCUGCAGAAGACUAGAAUGAUCAAAGCUGUUAAUUGUUAUGACAUAAAUAGAACUCUAUUUUUUUACUGUUUUUGUAUCCUCACUUUAAUGCAGGUCUUUUGUAGUUGUGUAGAGAUUUGGAUCAAUGAUGCGCACCCACUUGCGAUUAGGGUGCCUAUGUUCAAAUUGUUCACAUUCCUUGUUGCUUAAUAGUCUUCAUAUUUUUAAAGUAGGCCUUGGAAUGAGCCGAGCUGUUUGUGAAUCUGCUUGGGCUCACUUAGUUAAUAACUCGGAAGUUUGAACCUUUGUCCCUUUUUUAAAUGAGCCUGAGAAUUUUAUAGC